AUGAUUGACAAGAGUUGGAUUAAGAAGCCAAUUAGAUCAAAUGAAUUCUCAGAUGGUGUAGUCCAAUUUUUGAACUUUGCCUUUUCGAAUGCAUCUGUAGAUGGAAAAAUUGUAUGUCCUUGCAUUAUAUGUGGAUUUAAAGUUAUGUGCAAUAGAGCUGAUGUGUUUGGUCAUCUCCUUCAAAAGGGGUUUCCAGAAAAGUACACAUGUUGGUAUAUGCAUGGGGAAAAGCAUGUUCAAUCUAUCGUAGAAUCAAUAUCCCCGGUACAAGAUGAGCCGGUUAGACAAUAUCCGAUGCAUGAUAUGUUGAAUGAUGCUUUUGGUGUCUUUGAUAAUGACUUUCAAGAUUCUGGUCCAUCAAAUCUACCAAAUAAUGACCAUCCUGGGGGUGCUGAAGAUAAUGGUCAAGAAGAGAGGGACAAAAUUAAGGAGUUGUUAGAGGAUGGGAAUCAAGAACUUUAUGAUGGUUGUGCAAAAUAUAGUAAAUUGUCAUUCAUGGUUCAUUUUUAUCAUAUUAAGGUCUUAUGUAGUGCAACUGAUAAAACAUUUUCAAUGAUUCUUGACCUUUUAAAGGAUGCUUUUCCCCAUGCGAAACUACCAUCAUCAUUUUAUGAGUCAAAAAAGAUGAUUAAGAGGUUAGGUUUGGGCUAUGAUAAGAUUGAUGCAUGUCCGAACCAUUGCAUGUUAUAUUGGGGAUCAUCCGAGGAUAAGAAGAGAAAUAAAUGCAAGAAGUGCAAUACAUCCAGAUAUAAUUCAAAUGAAAAUGAUGUUGGUGCAAAUAUUGUGAUUGAUGACCAACAGAAAAAGAAACCAAAGCCAGCAAAAGUAUUGCGGUACUUUCCACUUAUACCUAGGCUGAGAAGGUUAUACAUGUGCUCAAAAACUGCAGAACUCUUGAAGUGGCAUGCUACAAAUGCUAACCCAGAUGAGUUAUUACGACAUCCUAGAGAUGGAAAAGCGUGGAAACAUUUUGAUUCAUUCUAUCCAGAUUUUACUUCAGAGACCCGUAAUGUGGGACUUGCUUUAGCUACAGACGGUUUCAAUCCUUUUGGAAAUCUAAGUUCCAAUGUUAGCAUUUGGCCUGUGAUGUUGUAUAUUUAUAACUAUCUUCCAUGGUGUUUUAUGAAGCAAACUUCUCUUGUCAUGUCUAUGAUAAUUCCUGGUCCUAAAAUGCCUGGAAAUAGCAUUGAUGUUUACUUGCAACCUCUAGUCGCUGAGUUAAAACAGUUGUGGAGCGGUGUACCUGCUUAUGAUUCCUCAACUAAAGAAAUGUUUCAAUUGUGUGCUGCAUUGAUGUGGACCAUAAGUGAUUUUCCAGGUCUUGACAACUUGUCUGGGUGGAAUACACAUACAUCGCUUGCUUGUCCAUCAUGUAAUUUUAACACGGAAUCUCUAAGGCUAAAGUUUGGUAGGAAAAAUUGCUUUAUGGGACAUCGUCGUUAUUUGCCACAUGAUCACAAGUAUAGGUACAAUAAGCAGUCCUUUAAUGGUUUUGAAGACCGUAGACCUGCCCCUAUCCCACCCUCAGGUUCAACCAUGUUAAGGCAAAUUGAGGAGAGUCGGAAGAGACCGCGUGAUUGUUCUACAAGUGAGGUUGGCCCGGAUCAAUGGAAGAAAAAGAGUAUUUUUUGGGAUUUACCUUAUUGGAAGAACAAUCUUAUUCGUCAUUGCCUUGACAUGAUGCACGUAGAGAAGAAUGUUUGUGACAAUAUAUAG